AUGGCUAUAUCGAACCACACCAAGAAAAUGAACCUGACCAUAACCAACACCUUCACGGUCAAGCCAGCCGGUCCAACACCGACCGGCCGCCAAGCCCUAGCUGAGUGGGACCAAAUCGGCGCCAUGACCCACGUCCCCACCGUCUACUUCUACAAUAAACCCUCCGCACCAUGGCUCGACGACGGCUCCUUCAUCCUCACCACCCUCGUCCGCUCCCUCCGCCUCGCCCUCGUCCCGUUCUACCCUCUGGCGGGGCGCGUGCACCACACCUCCGGCGGGAGGCUAGAGCUCGAGUGCAACGCGCGUGGGGUUCGGUUCGUGGAGGCCGAGUCGGACUGGAGGCUGGAGGAUUUCGGGGACGAGUUCUCGCCUUCGCCCGAGCUCGAGUCGCUCGUUCCCGAGCUCGAUUACGACGAGAUUCCCAUCCAUGAAUGGCCAUUAUUGCUCCUUCAGUUGACUAGAUACCAGUGUGGUGGGAUCAGUUUGAGUUUUAGUAUUUCUCAUCUUGUUGUGGAUGGUCUGAGUGCUCUCCAUUUCUUUUCGGAGUGGGCGAGGAUUGCCCGAGGGGAGCCGAUAAAAACGAUGCCGUUUUUGGAUAGGACCGUGCUUCGAGCAGGGAUGCCUCCUGGAGGACAUCCCAAGUUCGUUCACACCGAGUUUGACCGCCCUCCGGGGCUCCUGUCCGAUGUUCUGAGCUAUCAGAAGAUCGAACAGGGAGGCGAGGACGACGAAGGAUCAAAAAACGUGGUGAUGACGUUCAAGUUGGCCAAGACCAAGGUGGCCAUGUUGAAAGACAUGGUGAACCAUGAGGGAGGAGGAGAACAACGUCCGUACUCGACGUACGAGACGUUGACCGCGCACGUGUGGAAGUGCACGUGCAAGGCACGCGACCUGAGCCCAGAGCAGCCGACUGCUCUGGGUGUGUCGGUGGACUCAAGGAGCAGGACGAGUCCUCCUCUACCAAGAGGGUACUUUGGGAACGCGAUCCUCGACGUGAAGGCUCUCGCCCUGUCGGGGGAGCUCACGACGAGGCCGUUGAAGUACGCGGUCAGGAGGAUCAGGGAGGCGAUCGAGAAGGUGGACGAGGAGUUUCUGGAUUCGGCGGUCGACUUCCUCAAGUCGCAGCCCGACUUGAGGAAGUACCAGGAUUUCGGGUCGUCGCCCGGGCCGUUCUUCGAGUACCCGAACCUCAGUGUGAUCAGCUGGCUGAGGCUGCCGUUGUUCGGGAUGGAUUUCGGGUGGGGGAAGGAAAUUCACAUGGGACCCGCGUCCCACGAUUUCGAUGGCGACUCCUUGAUCAUGGCUAGCCAGAAUGGCGACGGGUCCGUGGUCGUCGCCAUAAGUUUGCGUGAAGAUCACAUGGAGAGCUUCAAAAAGUGUUUUUACGAAGACAUCAUGUGA